CAAAAAAAACAUACCCGACCUGAACUAAAUUAUUAAAAAUAUUAUUUUGUAUAUAUAAGUUUUUUGUAAUAUAAGUAUUUAGCAUUUUUUUAAAAAUGUCAUGAGAUGGGGGAUAUCCAGAAAAAAAUCCUGAGCUGUUCAUUGGUUGGUUUUUGUAGUUGCAAAUCUCGCCCCCGUGCAUGUAGUGAGGUUUUAUUAAAAUCAUGGCGAACAACGUUUAUUGAUCCGUCUCAUUGAUCCAAAUUAAUAGCCAAUAGUUUUCCUCCUCGCGGUUUUGGAUGACACUGGCAGAAAAGGUAAGUUAAUUUACUUAAAACUGUAUAUCUUCGAAAGAGCGUAGCAAUGAACACGUUUCACAGCGUGCACGCUCACCGCGUUAUCAAUUAAGGGAAAGUGUCUAGAAACACCAUUUUUAAUGCCAAAUGUGCAUCUUUGUGUUUUGCAUAAAUCUCGUGGCAUCUGAAGUUGGUCCUCUUUAAGUGGAAAAAUCAAAUACACAGGUUCAGUUCAACGAAUCACUAAUCAUUUUAAUCUUUUAAAGACUAUUAAUGCAAACUUCAAUUAAUCAUAAACCAAUCUUGUGUCGACGGGAUGUCCACUUUUUUUUUAAUAGCACGCAUGCAUUAAUGAAUAUUUGUUAUGUUUAUGCAAUAAUGCUUAUUUUGUUUCAUGUAACAGUUAUACGGUCUAAGGUAGAGUUGAAGGUUGCCCGAUUUUCUAAAUCCUUUUAUCAGGCACCCAAUGCCUUUCGUCUCUUGCAGUGGCACGCUCCGACAGACCGAUCUGAUCUAAACAUGGAUGACAGCUGCUGUUGGGAGAGCUCAGAUUAUGAAAUCUUGGCAGAAGUCGGCCAGGGCGCCUACGGAAAAGUGUACAAAGCCCGAGAGAGGCGCGGGAAGCAGCGCUUCAUAGCGGUCAAGAGGCUCAACAUCCCCGAGGAGCCGGAGUCUGGCAUCCCUCAGUUCGUGAUACGAGAAGUGGCUCUUCUGCGAAAAUUAGAGCACUUCAACCACCCCAACAUAGUCAAGUUGCUGAAUGUGUCAGCUGGAUGGCAGAACGAGAAGUUUGACCUGACGUUGGUGUUUGAGUACAUCGAUCAGGAUCUGACCACAUUCCUCAGCAAAGCAUCGGAAAAAGGCCUAGCCAGGGACAAGAUCAAGGAUGUGAUGCGUCAGUUGCUCUGCGGACUUGACUUCCUCCACACUAACACCGUCAUUCAUCGGGACCUGAAGCCAGACAAUGUGCUUGUGAGCACUCGAGGGGAGGUCAAGAUUGCAGACUUCGGUUUAGCCAGGAUGUAUACGUACCACAUCGCCCUCACCCCAUGUGUCGUGACCCUGUGGUACAGGGCUCCAGAGGUCCUGCUGAAGUCCAGUUACAUGUCUUCGGUGGAUAUGUGGAGUGCUGGGUGCAUCUUUGCAGAGCUCUUUCUGUUAAGGCCUUUGUUUUGUGGAUUCACAGAGAUCCAGCAGCUGCAAAAGAUCUUUGAGGUCAUUGGAUUGCCGGCUGAGGAGGACUGGCCCAUUGAAAGCCCUGUCUGCUACAGCACUACAUGGGCUGAGAAAAAGCCUACAAAACAACUGCUGCCCAGUCUCACCCAUGAGGAGAAUGACCUGCUGUCUCAAUUUUUGACCUUCAAUCCAGCUCAUCGCAUUUCUGCCUGUAGAGCUUUAGCGCAUCCUGUCCUGGCAGAUUGCCACCGUGAAGAUGAAUGACAGAUGAGCGAAGAGGGCGGAGUCAAAUGAUUAGACAGGCUCCUCCCAGCCAAUCAGCGGCGCACAAAAAAUUAUUCUGUUAAAUUGAUUUUGUUGUUGUUUUUAUAAUGGAGUAAAGUGCAGCACCUUCAUCUGUAGAUCACGGUUUUGUCUAAUGAAAACAAGGUACAAACAUCUUUGGUGGAAAUAUGUACAAUUUUACUGGUAUUGUUAAAAAGAAACUUAAAAAAACUUCAGAUGUUUUUGGAGCUCUCUCUCCUUAAUUCAUGGGUUUAAAAUGACGAGCAGGAAUGAGAAUUUGUCUUUUUCAUGUAUGACAGCUCUCUAAUAAUGACAUUUUGUGUAUGUUGCAGCACAGUUGGUUGUCUAACGGGUAAGUUUGAUGUUUCCAGUUAGCUUCAGUGUGCUAACUUAGAGUUGUUCUCAAAAGUUAACUUAUAGCAAAAGUUUUUGCGCCUUGUUUUGUGUUUGUUUUGGCAUCACUUGGAAGUGUUUGCUUUUAUUAGUAAAUUGUUUGAAGUUUGUAUGUUUUCUGUUCCUGACACAUUUUCGGUAAAAAGCAGAGCUAACAGUGCAUGUUUGGAGUUAAAUGGGCCGAGAUUAAGUAGUUACGACAUUUUGUAAUUUAAUGCGCAUUUUGUCUAUUUUCUUUAUACUGACACUUCAGUAAUAAAAUUAGAAUUUCAA